UCCUGGGCGUGACGUGUUUUUCCUGUGCCGGGACUGUCCACACUGGCCGCGGAGGCUCCGAGUCCUGGGCUGGUGCGGUCCGGCCGCGGCGGGGAAAAGGACACGACCUCCGUCCGCGCCUUUGUUAAGAUUCCGCAUGCCCGUGGUGGGUCGGGCGACCCUGCGCGGAGCUGUCCGCGGGGCUUGCGCUCUUUCCGCGGCCUUCGCACCCGCCCUCGGUCCCCGGCGGCCCCCGCAGGCGGACCCCUGAGCCUGAGCCUGUUUACACGGGGGAGACUGGGGACGGAGGCGACAGUCGGUCCGAGUGCACCAGGCCCAGUGGAGGUGGGGGUCUCGGCUGAGCCCGCCGGGUCCGCCCGUUCGCCCGCUUCUCACGGCUCCGUUCUGCUCACAGGAUCCCAUGGCGGCCGCGGCGCUGUCGGACCGGGCUCAGGACUGUGUGACCUUCGAGGAUGUGUUCGUGUCUUUCUCCCGGGAGGAGUGGGAGCUCCUCGAGAAGGCUCAGAGACUCCUGUACCGUGAUGUGAUGCUGGAGAACUUCGCGCAUGUGGCCUCACUGGCUUGUUGGCGUGAAGCAGACAGUGAGGAGGCCCCUUCUGAGCAGAGCAAUUCCAUAGGAGUGCUGCAGAUCAGGACUGCAAUGUCAGGUUCAUUUAUCCGGGAAGCCCACCCGUGGGAGAUGCGUGACCCACUCUUGAAAGACAUUUUGCACCUGCCUGAACACCAGGGAUCACACUCCACGCAGAAACUGUACACAUGUGGCCCCUGUGGGAGAGGAUUCUUGUCCAGUGCAAACUUCUACCAGCACCAGAGGCGAUAUGCUGGAGAGAAUCCCUUCUGGGAGGAUAAUGGUGGGGCCUCAUUUGUGAAGAGCUGUGCAGUCCACAUGUUAGGGAGACCCUUUACUUGCAGGGAGGAAGGGAUGGAUUUGCUGGACAGCUCUGGUCUCUUCCAGCACCAGACCACUCACAGUGGGGUGAGUCUGUACAAAAGGACUGAGUUCCCGGAGUCUCUCCCACGCAGCUCCAGUCUCGGGCAACACCAGGGAGACCCUGAUAAACGGAUGCUCUUCAGUUGCAGUGACAAUGGGCAAGGCUUCCUGAACACCUUCACUCUCCUUGAGAACCAGGUAACUCACUCUGAAGUGAGAUCCUUUAGAUGCCUACCACGUGGAAUUAUGUCCAAGGAGAAACCAGCUCUCGUUCAUCACAGAAAAAUCCACAGUGGAGACACGUCACAUGUGUGUAAGGAGUGUGGAAAGGCCUUCAUUCACCUGUCCCGCCUAAAAAUGCACCAGAGACUUCAUACUGGAAAAAGACAUUACACAUGCAGUGAAUGUGGGAAAGCCUUCAGGCGUAAAGACACACUUGUUCAGCACCAGAGAUUUCAUACUGGAGAAAGGCCUUUUGAGUGCACUGAAUGUGGAAAAUUCUUUAGCCAAAUAUCCCACCUUGUUCAGCACCAGAGAAUUCACACUGGGGAAAGGCGUUAUAAGUGCACUGAAUGUGGAAAAGCUUUUAGUCGUAAAGACACACUUGUCCACCACCAGAUAAUUCACAGUGGAGCAAGGCCCUAUGAGUGCAGCGAAUGUGGGAAAGCCUUCAGCCGUAAAGACACACUUGUGCAGCACCAGAAAAUCCACACUGGGGAAAGGCCUUAUGAGUGUGAUCAAUGUGGGAAAUUCUUUAGCCAUAGCUCCAACCUUAGUGUACACCAGAGAAUUCACACUGGAGCGAAGCCUUAUGAAUGUAGUGAAUGUGGGAAAUGCUUUAGCCACAACUCCAGCCUCAUUCUACACCAGAGAGUUCACACUGGAGCAAGGCCUUAUGUGUGCAGUGACUGUGGAAAAGCCUAUAUUAGUAGCUCCCACCUUGUUCAACACAAGAAAGUUCACACUGGAGCCAGACAUUAUGAGUGCAGUGAAUGUGGGACAUUAUUUAGCUGUAACUCUAGCCUCAUUCUACACCAGAGAGUUCACACUGGUGAAAAGCCUUAUGUGUGCAGUGAAUGUGGGAAAGCUUAUGUUAGUAGCUCCCACUUUGUUAAACACAAGAAAGUUCACACCCGAGCCAGAUCUUAUGAGUGCAAUGAAUGUGGAAAAUUCUUUAACCGCAAUUCUAGCCUCAUUCUACACCGGAGGAUUCACACUGGAGAAAAGCCUUACUUGUGCAGUGAAUGUGGGAAAGCCUACAGCAGAAGCUCCCAUCUUGUUCGGCACCAAAAAGUUCAUACUGGAGAAAGGCCUCACGAAUGCAGCAGUUUUGGUGGUCCUUUAGCUGCAUCUCUUAAACCUGUUUAGCACUGGAAAGUUGACACUAGAGAAAGCCCUUAGGAAUGCAGAAAAUAUGCUAUCUCCUUGUUCAACCUAAUGGGGCUCACACCAGAGUAAAGUUCUGUGAGUACCCUUCGUGAGGAAGCAAUCAGCCAGUAGGUGAAUCUUGUAGGUUUAUACAUCCACCCUGGGGAGAUUCCAAUAAGUACCACAUAGGUGGGAAGAUCUCCUGAGGUGCUUUGCACUUCCUAAACUGUGCAGGGCUCUUGACAGAGUUCUGUCACUGCCUGUGCCUGAAGCCAUCUCAUUGCUACCAGCUGUCAGGAUCACACAGUCUGUGUCAGUUGCUCCAAUAUGCUCAGGGAAGGCAGAUCCCUGUGCCUUCUCUCCUACUCCCUGGAGGGAAUCGUGUGUUUGGAGCCCAUUGACAGCCCUCCUUUCCCUCCCUCAUGACUGUGUUGUGAGUGAACUUGGUCUUCACUCUGGCCAGAAUAGUCUGAGCUGGUGACUGCCAGGGAUUUCCAGACGAGAUUUCCCUUCUCUAUGGACAAUGUUGACUGUAAACAUGAGAGCUGUGUUUCCAGAUCACCCAGCUUUGGAACAGCUACCUUGUACUGCUCUUCUUUGUGCAGAGAUAAAGGCCUUUUAUAGCAGUCUUUACUCUUGGGAGGGGUCUUUUCACUGUGUGGAAUGGGUUGAGAAAAGAAUUUUGUUCUGCUGUAUGAAGGGAGGAACUCCUUUUGUCGGCACCAACUUUAUGUGACUCGGAGGGGGUCAGUCAGAUGGCACAGAACAGAUCUCAGUCUGGUUUGGCCUACUUGCCAAACCUAAGGUCACUUACGUUUUCUCCUAUGUUAUCUUCCAGGUGUUCUAUAGUUUUGUGUUUGCAUUUAGGUCUGUUUGCCAUUUUGAGAACAUUUUUUAAAAGGUUUAAGAUCUUUAGAUAAUUUUUUAACAUGAAGAUGUCCAGUAGUUCCAGCACCAUUUGUUGAAAAGAGUAUCCUUUCACCAUUGCUCCCUUUUCAAAGAUCAGCUGAUUGUAUUUGUGUGGAUCUACUUGACUAAGGUCCAAUUUUUUCCGUUUUUUGAGAUAAUCAUUGUGUGGGUAUGGCUUUUUUUGUCUUUUAUUUUAUUGACAUGGUAUAUUCCAUCAAUUGAUACUAAGAUGUUAAACUAACCUUGCAUUUCCCGGGACAAAUCCCACUUGGUCAGGAUGUAUAAUUCUUUGUAUGUGUUGCCAAAUUUCUGAUACUUUUAAAAUGUAUUUUACAUGUAUAUUGAUGAGGGAUAACGGAUUUAUCGAUUUCUUUCUUGUUAUAUCUCUGUCUAACUUUGCUGGCCUCUGCUCUCAUGAGUAAUUCAGUCCUCAUUGACAGAUUAAUGAUAUUUCUUCUUUAAAUGUUUGCUAGAAUCCCUUAGUGAAGCCACCUGAGCCUGGAGUUUUCUUGUGGGAAGAUUCUCAAUAAACAUUACUUAGUA